AUGUCAAGUAGUUCAAGUUCAAAGAAGUCAAAAGCCGAGGAUAAACAACCCAAUCUUUGUGAAUUCUUGUUUAAAAGAAUGAAAUCCCAAGGAUCAUUUAACGAAACCAUUGACUCUCCUCCUUCUCCUUUAAGUUCCCCUCCAACUCAAGAUGUUAAUAUGGAAGUAGGUGGUUCAAGUGCUUGUGAUGAACCAUUGGAUGAUGAUUGUGAUGAACCAUUGGAUGAUGAUUGGGUGUAUGAUGUUGAACUUCUUCCUCAUGACCCGGGAUUGAGAAAAAACAUAAUGGAUUAUCCCCCAAAUGAAAGAAAUCCGGUUAGGAGAGCUUAUAUUCUUAAAAAACCUUGCCAACCAAAAACACAUGUUUUCCCUCAAAAACAAGUAGGUGGUUUACGCCGUUUUAGUGUCAAUUGGUUCAAAAAAUGGGAUUGGCUUGAAUAUAGUGUUGAAAAAGAUGCCGCAUUUUGCUUUGCUUGUUAUUUGUUCAAGAGUGAUGUUGAAAUUUACAAUGGGGGUGAUGCAUUUGUUAAUGGAGGGUUUAGGGGGUGGAAUAAACCAGAUAGGUUUCAAAAGCAUGUUGGUGGACUUAAAAGUGCUCAUAAUGUUGCUUAUGAGAAAUAUGUGAAUCUAAGAGAUGCAAAAAAGACAUCAAUUGAAGUUGUGUUUGAUAAUGCGAGUCAAGCUCAAAUGGAUUCAUAUCAUAUUCGUUUGAAUGCAUCCUUAACUUGUUUGAGAUUUCUUUUGGGCCAAGGUUUGGCAUUCCGGGGACAUGAUGAAAGUGAGGAGUCAAAUAGUAGGGGUAACUUUCUUGAGCUUUUGAAGUGGUUAGGGGAGAAGGUUGACGAAGUCAAACAACAUACUUUCCAAAAUGGACCCAAAAAUUGUCAAUUGACAUCUCCCAAAAUUCAAAAAGACAUUAUCAAUUGUUGUGCAAAGGAGACUACCAAGCGCAUAAUAGAAGAGGUUGGAGAUGGUUACUUUUCUAUUUUGGCCGAUGAAUCAAGUGAUGUGUCUCAAAAAGAACAACUAGCUCUUGUUUUGCGGUUUGUUAACAGAGAAAGUGGAUCGGUAGUGGAACGCUUUUUAGGCAUUGUACAUGUGGGUGACACUACCGCUUUAUCUCUUAAAGAUGCAAUUUUGUCCUUGCUUAUGGAAUAUUCAUUGAGUCCAUCCAUGAUAAGAGGUCAAGGGUAUGAUGGGGCGAGUAACAUGAAAGGUGAAAUCAAUGGCCUUAAGACUUUGAUUAUGAAUGAUACUCCAAGAGCCUACUACAUUCAUUGUUUUGCUCAUCAACUACAACUAGCUCUAGUUGCGGUUGCUAAAAAGAAUGAUAGUUGUGGUUGGCUUUUUGAAGUACUUGCAAACUUGUUGAAUGUGGUUGGAGCUUCUUGUAAGAGAAGAGACAUGAUUCGAAAAAAGCAAGCUCAAGUAGUGGCUCAAGCAUUGGAAGUGGGGGAAAUUGAAAGCGGAUCGGGUUUAAAUCAAGAACGUGGUUUGAGUAGGCCGGGAGAUACACGUUGGGGAUCUCAUUACAAGUGUCUAAUAAAUAUCACGAACUUGUUUCCUUCAAUUAUUGAAGUACUUGAGUGGAUUGGAAAACAUGGCACUUCGGACGAUAAGUUCAAAGCUCAAAUUGUUUCGGGAUUUUUGGAGUCAUUUGAUUUUGUUUUUAUGGCUCAUUUGAUGUUGAUUAUCUUUGGCUACACUAAUGAUUUAUGUAUUACUUUACAAAGAAAGGAACAAGAUAUUGUUAAUGCCAUUAGACUUGUUAGUACUACAAAAAAUGUGUUGCAAAAGAUGAGAGAUGAAGGAUGGGAUAAUCUCUUAAAAAAAGUUAUUACAUUUUGUACUAAACACGAGAUUGAUGUUCCAUCUAUGGAUGCUCAUUAUGUGCCUCAAGGAAGAGGAAGACGUUUUGUUCAACAAGCUACAAAUCUACAUCAUUUUCGGGUUGGAAUCUUUUUGGAAGUAAUUGAUUUGCAUCUUCAAGAGCUUGAUAACCGUUUUAAUGAGAUUAACAUGGAGUUACUUACAUGCAUGGUCUCUCUAAGUCCUAAAGGUAACUUUUCAUCUUUUGAUAAAGAGAAGAUACUUAAACUUGCUUCUUUAUAUCCCGAGGAGUUUUCAUGUAAUGAUUUAACGGCUCUUGAUCUUCAACUCGAUGUGUUCUUGGAUGCUAUGUUAAACGAUGAAAGAUUUCAUGAUUUGAACGAUAUCAAUUCUCUUUCCAUGAUGCUUGUUGAAACAAAGAGACAUGAGACAUUUCCUCUUAUACAUUUGCUAAUCAAGUUGAUGUUGAUUCUUCCUGUUGCUACGGCAAGUGUAGAAAGAGUGUUUUCCGCAAUGACAUAUGUCAAAAGUAAGUUGAGAAAUAGCAUGGGUGAUCAACUUAUGAAUGAUUGUUUGGUUACUUUUAUUGAGAAGGAAGUGUUUCUACAAGUUUCCGAUGAAAUGAUUAUUUAUCGUUUUAAAAGUAUGAAGACUCGAAGGAUGAAUUUUCUUGAUUUUGUCCUCCCACGAGCUUAUUUGCCAUGUGUGAGCAAGGAAGCUGAAGACUCCUUCUCGGACUUAAAUGGCAUUAUAGCAGUUAAAAAGCAAAUGUUGUACGAUCUUAGGGCCUUGGUCGCACAGGGCACAAUCAAUCCCACAGUCUCCCAUCCAUCUGCUGAUAAGGCCUUUAGUGGACAAGCUAUUCUGGACAGCCAACCAUGUCAUAAAUUUUGCACUUUGAGUAGCUUUGUUCUUGAUCAUGAUGCCUCCCUAGUCGACUUUCGGUUCUUUUGCUAUAAGAGUCUCAUCGGUAGAUUUUAUGGAGAACUCCCCUCCUUUGCCAAUUGUCUCCCAACCUCCUAG